AUGAGGAAUGGUCAUGAGUUUUGGCAUAUACAAGUACCGCGUAAUGUGGCUUUGAGCCCGAAUCAGUAUGUCAUCGUUGUUGAUUCAAAAUUGAACGGGUUCUAUUGGAGUUACUUUCAAAGCGUUGUCGAUUCGGCUUCAAAGGUACCUGCUCAGUGGACGUAUAUCGGUGAUGAACAGGGUUUCUUGUCAGUACAAAAUCUGCGAAAACUCGUCCGUGGCUUCAACCACAAGCGGCCGCUUAUGUUCGGAAGAAUCUUCAUGCAGAAGCCGAUCAUCUCCUACAUCUUUCCAUUUCUUCAACGUCAACGAAUGUCACUACAAAGCGGUAUUGUGAUGACUACCUCGACUAUAAAGACACUUUCGCGAUGUAAUGGUCUCCUUUGGCCGAGAGCCACGGAAUCAGCUCUGGUUGCCUGUGCUAAAGAACAAGGAAUCAAAGCUAUGGAUCCUGUUGACGAGGAUGGCAUGCAUCUGUUUCACGAUAAGGACCUCAAAACUCUGAUACCUGAAGCGUACCAGAAUAAACAUAAGCAUGGGGAUAGAACAGUUCUUGGCUGUUGCUCUGAUCAUGCAAUCUCAUUUGGUCAGCUGAGCUACAAAGAUAUUCGACUUGCUGAUUUUGCAUCAACGCACUGGAAGGUGUUCGGAUUGGGAGGUGAGUAA